UGCAAUGGCCCAUCUGGAGUCUGAGCCCGAGGAAGAAUGCCUGAGGGAGGACUUGAAGUUUUACUUCAUGAACCCUUGUGAAAAAUACCGAGCCCGACACCAGAUCCCAUGGAAACUAGGUUUGCAGAUUUUGAAGAUACUCAUGGUCACCACACAGCUUGUUCGUUUUGGGUUAAGUAACCAGUUGGUGGUUGCUUUCAAAGAAGACACCACUGUUGCUUUUAAGCACUUGUUUUUGAAAGGAUAUUCUGGCACAGAUGAAGAUGACUACAGUUGCAGUGUGUAUACUCAAGAGGAUGUCUAUGAGAGCAUAUUUUUUGCUAUUAAUCAGUAUCAGCAUCUAAAGAACGUAUCCUUGGGGACCCUUGGUUAUGGAGAAAAUGAAGACAACAUAAUUGGCUUAAAAAUCUGUAAGCAGCAUUACAAGAAGGGGACCAUGCUUCCUUCCAACGAGACACUGAAUAUUGACAGUGGCGUUGAGACAGGUAAUGCACCGACAGUGGCGUUGAGACAGAUCAUCUAUGACAAUAGAGCUCACAGUGGCAAAAUCAAAAUAUAUUUUGACAGUGAUGCCAACAUCGAAGAAUGCAAAGUCCUGAACAUAUCUGGAUCUACUCAGAAGAACACGCAGUACGUCCUGGUGUUCGAUGCGUUUGUCAUUCUGAUCUGCUUGGCCUCUCUCGUUCUGUGCAGCAGAUCCAUCGUUCUCGCUUUGCGCUUACGCAAGAGAUUUCGGAGUUUCUUCCUGGAGAAGUACCAGCGACGGGUGUGUGAUGCUGACCAAUGGGAGUUCAUCAAUUGGUGGUACGUCCUGGUGAUCAUCAGUGACCUCAUGACCAUCAUUGGCUCUAUCUUAAAAAUGGAAAUCAAAGCAAAAAAUCUCACAAACUACGACCUCUGCAGCAUAUUGCUGGGGACAUCCACACUGUUUGUCUGGGUUGGCGUUAUCAGAUACCUGGGCUAUUUCCAAACAUACAACGUGCUCAUUUUAACCAUGCAGGCCUCACUGCCGAAGGUUCUCCGGUUUUGCGCUUGCGCUGGGAUGAUUUACCUGGGCUACACAUUCUGUGGCUGGAUUGUCUUAGGGCCUUAUCAUGACAAGUUUGAAGAUCUGGGCACGGUGGCCGAGUGUCUGUUUUCUCUGGUCAACGGUGAUGACAUGUUUGCUACCUUUGCUCAAAUCCAGCAGAAGAGCAUCUUGGUGUGGUUGUUCAGCCGCCUCUACUUAUAUUCUUUCAUCAGCCUCUUCAUAUACAUGAUUCUCAGCCUUUUUAUUGCACUUAUUACAGAUUCAUAUGACACCAUUAAGAAAUACCAACAGAAUGGGUUUCCUGAAACGGAUCUUCAGAAAUUCCUGAAGGAGUGCAGUAAUAAAGAAGGGUGUCGAGAAGAGCCCUCCGCCUGCCUGUCCCACUUGUGCUGUCUGCAGAGGAAAGAAAAUGAUGACCACUGGAUACGAUUUAACUAAAAUCCCUGUGCUAAAGACAAGUUUCAGGUGUCCUCAUCCAGAGACAAUGUGGAGGAGGCCCCUGACCAUUUGGAGCAGCACUUACCAAAAAAUACGGACCUGUUAUUUCCUUGUGGACCGGGAAAGAAGAGCGACUGUCAGCUGGCUGACCCUAACAAAGACUCAAAGUUACACUUUUACAGACUCUGGUGGUGAACCGCAGAGCACAGGCUGCGGCUGGGCAUUAGUGCAAUAGAGUCGUGAUGAGGAAAUCCCCUUAUAGUCUUAAUUUAUGACAGGAUACUGAGAUUGUUUUAAAAAUCACAUUAUAGAGUAUACAAAACACCAAUGUUUUAAAGUAAUGCAUUAAAAACUGUAUGCUCACUGUGGCAAACAUAGUCACCUAGAAAGAUUAGCACAAGACUACUCCCGAUGAGAGACUUCCCACACAGCCAACUUUCCCACAACGCUACCCCAGGAUCCACCACCGCUCCUCCCCUUCGUACGUACCCUCUUGUCCCAGGGGUCUGCAAUCGGCUGCAUCUUCUCACAGAACCUGGGAAGCAUUCAGGAAAUGGCCCACGUGGACAUGGGUGCAACUAAGUCCCAAAUCUGAAGUUUACAUGUCUGCCUGUUUCACCCAAAAGGCUUUGGAAGGUGGUGGAAUCAGGGGAUAAGCUGCCGCAGCUCAUCAGAGGUCAGGCAGAGGCCAGCCAGAUGCAGGAUCCAGAGCCAGUGAUGGGAAAGUCCAAGAGUGAAAAGAGGCCUCCCUUGCUUCUGCACAUGCCCAGUUGGGAAAGGGAGUCACAGACACAAAGGAAUUCAGUGGAGGUGUGGUUUUUGUCUUCUGCAGAAACCCCCUCCCUCCCCCUGCUUUAAGUUACAUCCUCUACUAAAAUGGGGUCUUAAAAUAUAUCCCACCUCAAUCCUGCCUAAUUAGUAUAACAAGAUACUCUAAAAUGGGAUCAUCACCACAGGUGUGAAGCCUAUAAUAAAUCACAAGGCAACAAUGGUGCGAAGGGUCAUAUGAAGUCAUUACCUACAUCUCAGUUGUCAAAAGAGUUGUCUCAAAGGUGAUUAUUGGGUUGGAAGACCUACUUAUUCAUAGUCUGCACAGAAAUGAAGUUGGCUACAUUAGGGACUGAGGUGAAGAACCAUUAAGUCAUUUAAAGACCACGGCAUGCAAGUCAACCAGCAACGCCCUCUAGCAGUGGGCAUUUCUUGGCCUGUUUUUCUGUGACUUUUUGUCUUCAGUGUGAUAGGAAAUGACCAUCGCCUUAGUCCCAUUGACUAAUGGACACCCUGCCCAUGUGAAGCACUCAUUGAGAAUUGUAUACAGAUGACACGUGGAAGUAGCAGCGGUCACUCGUUUUAACAAAAGCUCCACUGUGCUGAAGAUUUAACUUUGUCAAGCAAAGAAAUAUGAUUGUGUUUCCCAAAUAAAUCUAUUGUU